AUGGAAGACACGAAGUAUAAUGUUGAUACUGAGGCCAUGUCCGUUCCCCCGAGCCCCGUUCGGGAUGUCAACCAGCAGGCAGUGAACCUGGAUGAGCUACCAAACGGGUACUAUCGCAGCAAGAACUUCAUUGGAUCAUUGAUUGCGGUCUGUUUGAUGGCAAUCAGUUUGUAUCUGGGAUAUGUGUUACCCGUAAACAGCCUGUCUGCCAUCAAUGCCGAUUUGGGACCCGACCCCAGCUAUAGCAUGAUUUCGACUGUUUUCACCUUGAUUUCAGGCGUCUCCAUUCUUCUGGUUGGACGUCUUGGUGACAUUUUCGGCCGUCGGUACUUCCUGAUCGGUGGCCAGGUGCUUGGUCUGAUCGGUGCUAUCGUCUGCGCAACCGCCAAGAAUGUUCCCACCGUCAUCGGAGGCAGUGCCCUCUGUGGCCUGGCUGCAUCGGUUCAGUUGACAUUCACUUUUGUGAUCGCCGAAUUGGUCCCUAACAAACUGCGACCCAUGAUCAAUGCCGGUAUCUUCGUGACUACGAUUCCCUUCGCUGGAUUUGGUGGUCUUAUUGCCAAGCUGUUCAUUGCGAACACCGAAAAGUCCUGGCGGUGGACUUACUAUCUCAAUAUGAUUACCUGCGGCAUCUCGAUUAUCCUGUUUGUCUUCUGCUAUUUCCCUCCGGGAUGGGAGCUGAAGCACAAGGGCCAGAGCAAACUCGAUGGUUUGAAGAAGUUCGAUUAUAUUGGGUUUGUCUUAUAUUCCGGCGGAUUGGUCUUGGUUCUCCUCGGUCUUUCUUGGGGCGGUUCAUCUUAUGCGUGGAACUCGAGUCAUGUGGUUGCCGUUCUGGUGGUCGGCUUCGUCUCACUGAUCGCUUUCGUUGCUUAUGAAAUUCUCGUUCCCAUGGAGCAGCCACUCCUACCCCUGUCUCUCCUUAAAAACCGCGGCUACAGUGCGACUGUUUGCUCUGCAUUGGUUGGCAACAUGGUUUAUUUCUCUAUGAGUCUUUUGUGGCCGGAAGCUAUUGCCUACUUGUUCACUACAGACUCAAUGAAGGCCGGUUGGCUUUCCUGCUCUACUGGUCUGGGAGUUAUUGUGGGAGAAAUUGCCGCCGGUGCUCUCAUGAAGCCUCUUGGCUAUUCUAAAUAUCAGCUUAUUGCGUCAACGAUUGUGAUCACCGCCUUUUCGGGAGCGCUUGCUGCUAUCAACCAGGAUAGACAGGCUUAUGGUAUUGCGUUCACCGUUGUUGGUGGUUUUGCUGUCGGAUACCUCGAGCUCAUCACUCUCAUCAUGUGCCCUCUGUACUGCGAGCCGGAAGAUAUCGGUCUUGCAAGUGGCUUCCUUGGAUCGGCGAAGCAAGUGGCAGGAACAAUUGCCACUGCUAUCUAUGUUGCCAUUCUCGACAACCGCGUGGCUGUCGACCUUCCUCGUGAUGUUUCUGCAGCUGCAGUCAAGGCUGGCCUUGCGACAUCGUCCCUUACUGAUCUCCUUGAGGCCGUCGCUGCUGGCACGACUGCAGCACUUGAAGCCGUUCCUGGCAUGACCGAUUCCAUCCUGACCGCUGUUAGCAAUGCCGAAAAGACCGCAUAUUCGCAGUCCUUCCGCACCGUGUUCCUCGCAAGCAUUGCCUUUGGCGGUCUUGCUAUAAUUGCUGCAUUUCUCUCUGUACCAGUUGAUGAUAAGCUCAACAAUGUCGUUGCCGCAAAGCUUUCGGGUACCGGUGCAAGCCAAGAAGAGCUGCAGACGAACGAGAAGGAGACAAAUUAA